AUGUCUUCGUCAGCCAUGAGCCCCCUUGUACUACUAUUCAUCCUCUCCAGUUUUCUCCGUCUUUUAAAGUUAUUUCUCAAGUCCAACUCGUCGGAAAGUACAAAAAUCGGCAUGUCCUUUUUGUACGAGAAUGAAGAGUGCUGUAAGAUCGACCUUUCGGCCAAGCUGGGAAAAAAUAUCCUUUAUGUGGUCGCCUCGUGGCAUGACUACCAGGGGGAUACUAUAACAGUCGUCAACCGAAUCGAAAUCAUGAUCUUAAAGAACGAAUUUAGACCCCUUGUUGAACUGCUGAGCAGGAAGUGGGUGUCGUCGUCCAGCUGGCUCGAGGAGCCUGCCAUGCUCCUGGUUGCCCAAAGAAAAUGUGUCGAGCUCGAUAUUGCCCCGUCUAACUUUAACCUGCUGCUCCCGCCGGGAAUUUCUACAAGCAGACGACUCGUCACCAAUGGGGCAUUUGAUCGAUUCCCUAAGCUCAAGGUAGUAGUUGGCCAUCUCGGAGAGCACAUAACUUUUGAUUUUUGGCGCACCAGUCACUGGAUUGAGGAUGUCGAGCGUCCACUGGCGUCUGAACGAGGUGAUACGAUGAGCAAGAAGGAUUUGCUUCAUUACUUCAAGAAUAACAUCUGGGUGACGACGACGGGGCACUUUUCUACGCCAACUGUCAGUUUUGGAUGGUUUGACGGCGACGAGAAUGCAUUGAAUCAAGCUCUGGGUGGUUCAGACGGAUAUAAAAAGGUCGCUCGUGAGAACGCCAAGGAGCUUUUCAAGCUGACCAAAGGACCAAGAUUGCGAUACUUAAGUACUCCGUCACCACUUGAACGUUGGAUCCGUGAGCUGCAAGGGGUAGAAUCAUCCAAAAGCUGA